AUGUCGAACCCGACUCACAGCUUCCUAACCCUCAUUCCGGCCACUCACCGUGUCGCUACCAUGUCCCCCUUCACAUCUCCUAUUGAUGGUCCCGCCGUCGACGAAUCACUAGUCCCUGCUCUUCAGAAGACCCGUCGAUCCAGCUCCACCACUUCCACCGGGUCCGCCUCCUCCGUCGAAGAUCCUACUCUCGCUUCCGACAUGGUCGAGUCUCCUGUUGAAGGUGUCAAGUCACCCGAGGUCGUCGCCCAUAAAUUCCUGAAAUUGGGCAACUAG